GUUUGAGCUCUCUGUUCAUAAUCGUCAGUAACAUCGAAAAGUAACGAGAUAUUAUUUCUGUUUAUAAGUGUAAACAAUCAACUGGUUGGCGCACACGACGUAUGCGUGAUUACAUACGGCAUUCAUUUAUUUAGGUUGCCCCAAUGGCACUUUCAUCCAAGCGAUAAACAAAUUUAUAUCAAAACAAAAGACGACACUGCAUUAACCAUAAAUAUAGUCGCGGCAUUGACAUUGGCAAAAUAAUUGAGAGCUGUUUGUGGUGUUCAAGAGCGCGAGAACUAAGAGAAUAAAUUCAGAUUUUUUCAUUGUCUUGCAGUUAGCACAACAUUUCGUGGCCAGCAACAUGUUGAAUCUGUGCUAAUUGGCAGCCAGCCAGCUUCAGUCUCAGUCUCAGCAGAAACCUUUUUGUGUUAUCUUAAAGCAAACAGAGAGAGAGAAGUGGAACAAGCGGAAGGCAAAACGCAAUGCUUACACGAGCCGAUAAUUGCAACCAGCCGAGUGACAAUAGCGACAGUGACAGUAACAAGACAGGGCUUAAGCACAAAGAAGCCAACGGGAAAGGCAAAGGCAAAGAGGGCCUAUUGCUGCAAUCAAUCGAUGAACAUUACGUCUGCGACAUUGCAAUGAUGAGCAUUGCCGAAGGGGUUAAUCAAAUGGCAAACAAAGCCAUUGAUCAGCCACCAACAACAGCAACGACAGAAACAAUGCUGAUGAAUCAGAAUGAAGACGAACUGGAAUUGGAUCGCCAGGAAGAGGAGCAGGCCAUCAGCGAGCUGGUGCGCUCAUCCAGCGCCAACGCCUUGAUAGAACCGGGCAGCAACAACAGCGGCAGCAUGCGUGUUGUAUUCGGCAUUCUUGUACGUUUAGUGCUGCCACUGGCCAACGGUGUGGCACGAGGCAUCAAGGGCAUCCGGGAUGUGCGUGUGUUGCGUGUGCUUCAGAAUUUGGCCUCCAGUCGCCAGGCCUUGACCAAUUUAGUUGCUUUCGCCGCAAAUACCAUAUCGUUGAAUCUAUCCUCGGUGCAGGCUUUCUAUAUAAAAUGCUCAUAUGCCGCUCAAAUGCAAAUUCAAAUCUUUCCAUUGACAGUUUCCAAUCGUCUGGGGCCUUUGCUCAAUUUGCUGAAAUUGCGCAAAUCCCAAGAUGGCUUGGAAAGUCUGCCCGACCAACCAAGCACACCGACCACACCCAUAACGCUCACAAUGCCCACAACGCCAAGCACACCGUUGCAGGGUCCGCCCAUCUACAGCAGCAUCGGCAGCACCUCAUCAGCCAACUCCAACUCCAGUUGCGUCACUCUCAACAUCCUUGCCGAACCGCCAGCGGGCACACCGAUCCGAGCGGACAUUAUCCUUAUACAUGGACUGCACGGUUCGUUGGUCAACACCUGGAAACAGGGACUCUGGCAGAAUGAACGACAUCCCGUCGAAUUUGAUCGUCCACCUCGUCCGCCAGUGCGUCCACCCAAGCGUCCGCGUCAUUCACGCAGUGCUGCAAUUCAUCCGGCGCCGCGUGAGAAACGCGCCAAGUUCACGUCCUGCAAGCGCACUGUGGAGAAGGACUUGGCGGAGGCGGGCGCAGCCUGGCAGGAAGCGCAACUUCAACCCUCUUUGGACGCGCAGCAAUACAACUUUAGUGCUUCCGAAACUUCCGAGGCUUCCGAUGACAAUGCCGAAGACUUUGCUUAUGUUUGCGGCGAGCCAGAGGACAUACAGAUCUGUGAGGGCAUCGAAUACAGUUUUCCCACAUUCCGUCUGCGCAUGCACGACAGCAAUCGACAGCUGCAAGCUGAGCUCGAGUCCAUGCUGCAGACUGAAGGCAAUGAAGGAUCGAAUACAGAGACAUCAGCUGCUUCGACGCCACGUAAGCAAAAGAAACCAUCGCCAAAUGAUCCCAACUACUCCAAGUGUUGGCCUGGCGAUUGGUUACCACUCGAUUGCCCUGGAGUGCGUGUGAUUGCCGUCAACUACACAACGGAUCAGUAUCUCUGGCGUCCGCUGUGGAAGAGCAAAGAGCCACGCUCGAGUCUCAUUCAACGCUCACGUGAAAUGGCCGAGUUGUUGAUACAACAACGUGUUGGCCACGGUCAUCCCAUCAUCUAUGUGGGCCACUCGAAAGGCGGACUGUUCAUCAAACAGCUGAUUGUCGAUGCCUGGGAGUGCGGGAGGCCAGCGAUGCGUCCACUUUGGCGUUCGGCACGCGGCUGUUUCUUCUACUCGGUGCCGCAUCGCGGUUCCCACUUGGCUUCCAUCAAGGCGCCGCUGCUGUCGCGCUCCGUGGAGCUGCUGGAGAUAGAAAAGAACAACAAGUAUUUGCUUGAUUUGCAUCGUCGUUUUGCGGCGCUGUAUCACUUGGGUCACCUGAAGAUCGAAGUGUUUAGUUUUGUGGAAACGGCGCUGACUUUGAUGUCAGUGCUUUAUCUGCGCAUUGUGGGCGUGGAUUCGGCAGAUCCGGGUUUCGGUGAGGUGUGCGGCAUUCGGUUGGAUCAUCGGGAGAUCUGCAAGCCGCGCAGUCGAGAUUGCAUACUAUACAAGGAGUUGGUGAAAAUGAUCAAGAAGGUGUGCUGAGCGCGCUGUGUGUGUGUGUGCCACGUCAAUUACUGGACCUCAUUAAAUACGGAAUCGAUAUGUGAAUAAGCUUGCAACUUCAAGUUGCACCCAUAGUUAUGCGUACCUAAAUAUUGAUAUAUAUUUCUAUUUUCAAAUUUGUUCAUCACUUUUUUUGUGUAUCUUUUGUUGUUAUGGUGCAUAGCAUAAAGAGAGAUGUUUAAAGAAAGAGUUCAUAACAAAUUACAAUUGAUAUAUGUAUAUUCAAGUUUGUUCAUUUUAAGCUACACACUCAUACACUCAAGAAGAUGCGUUUAAGCAUGCCAUUUUAGCACGUAAACUACAAAUUACACUUAGAUAUUGAUACGAUAUACAAAAACAUAUUAAUAAUAAUGAUUUUUUUCUUGCGAUUUUCAAUUGUGAUGAUUUGUUCAGUUAAUUGUGAUGUACAAGUUAUACACAGUAUAUAUAGAUAUAGAUAAUACUUACACUUGAACACCGCUGUUAAAUGUUACCAACGAAUGCAAAAAACAAAACAAAAAAAACUAGCUGGGAAAUUUACAAGAUAUUACAAGUUAUUAUACAAUUGCCCAUUUGAUAUUUUAUACCAACCUGUAAAGUACUGAAAGUUACUAAAGAUUAAUGAUUACACAUAAUACAAAAUAAACAAAUAAGCAAAAUCAAUGUAAAUACAUACAAUUAUAUAUAUAUAGUAUAACCAUUAAUUUUGUGAGAAAAAUGAAUCCACGUUUGACGUUUGACCAUAUUUUAUAAAUAAAAACAAAAUGCAGAUUUUUGUCAUCAUAA